ACAAAGAAGGAAAAGAGAGGUGAAAAUCCUCCUGAUCAUAUGCAUUCACUGUCGAGUGAGCUUCCAGAGGCUGGUGCCACCACUGGUUAGAAGAGUGUUCUGGGAUCUUUGUCUCCUCAGGUUUCUGAGCAUCAUGCCUUGUCUCAAGCAGCCUACGCACUUCCAGAGUCUGAUACUUCUACAAUGGCCCUUGAGCUACCUUGCCAUGUUUUGGAUCUUGCAGCCAUUGCUCAUUUACUUGCUGUUUACAUCCUUGUGGCCACUACCAGUGCUUUACUUUAUCUGGUUUUUCCUGGACUGGAAGACCCCAGAGCAAGGUGGAAGGCAUUCAGCCUGGGUAAGGAAUUGGUGUGCCUGGACCCACCUCAAGAACUAUUUUCCCAUUACGAUCCUGAAGACUAAAGACCUGUCACCGAAGCACAACUACCUCAUGGGGGUUCACCCCCAUGGCAUCUUGACCUUUGGAGCCUUCUGCAACUUCUGCACUGAAGCCACAGGCUUCUCAAAGAUCUUCCCAGGCAUCACUCCCCACUUGGCCACACUGUCCUGGUUUUUCAAGAUCCCCCUUGUUAGGGAGUACCUCAUGGCCAAAGGUGUGUGCUCUGUGAGCCAGCCAGCUAUCGACUACCUGCUAAGCCACGGCACUGGCAACCUCGUGGGCAUCGUAGUGGGAGGAGUGGGAGAGGCCCUGCAAAGUGUGCCCAACACUACCACCCUCAUCCUCCAGAAGCGCAAAGGGUUUGUGCGCACAGCCCUCCAGCAUGGGGCACAUCUGGUUCCCACCUUCACUUUUGGAGAAACUGAGGUAUAUGAACAGGUGUUAUUCCAUAAGGACAGCUGGAUGUACAAGUUCCAGAGCUGCUUCCGCAGUAUCUUUGGUUUCUAUUUUUGUAUCUUCUAUGGAAGAGGCUUCUGCCAAGGCUCCAAUGGGCUCCUGCCAUACUCACUGCCUAUCAUCACUGUAGUUGGGGAGCCUCUGCCACUGCCCAAAAUUGAAAAACCAAGCCGGGAAGAGGUGGACAAAUAUCAUGCACUCUAUAUGGAUGCCCUGUGCAAACUGUUUGACCAGCAUAAGACCCAGUAUGGCUGCUCAGCGACCCAAAAGCUGCUUUUCGUGUGACCGAAUAAGCUUGCAUGCCCAAGAGCAUGUGCUUUGGAGAGGAGACUCAUUUGCUGCUAACCAAAGGGGAGAGAAAAGGAGAUAAAAGAAGGCUGUGUAUGGUAGGGGAGAACAUUAGGAAUUCCUUCCUUGCCACAAAGCCCUUGUAGUUGCUGUCCUGAGGAGCUUUACUCAGUCAUUCUGCAAAAGGGGGCAUCCUGAGGCCCCUCUGGCCCAACCAUGGGCAUGCUAGGGACAGACAUGUUUCCUGCCUCCCCCCCUACUGGCUUUCUUCCCUAAGCCCAACCCCCUGGGUCCUGAAGGACUCAAAUGAUAACCAGUUUGAGUAGCUACCACUCAGGUUGUUCUUGUUUUAUCAUAAUGUAUUUUCAAUUGGGAUAUUUUGCAUACUAUAAGUUUAACUUGUUUAAAGUGUAAAAUUCAGUGAUAUUUAAUACAUUCACAGAGCUGUGCAACCACUAAUUUUCGAACAUUGUUCAGCACCACAAAUAAGAAAGUCAGUACACAUUAGCAGUCACUCCCCAUUCCUUCAUCUCUCCCAGCCACUAGGAAACAUUAGUCUACUUUUCGUCUCUAUGGAUUUGCCAUUUCUGGACAUUUCAUAUAAAUGGAGUAAUGGACUAUGUGGUUUUUUAGGACUGGCUUCUUCCUCUUAGCAUAAUGUUUUCAAGGCUUAUCCAGGUUGUAGCAUGUAUCAGUACUUCAUUCUUUUUGUGGCUGAAUAAUAUUCCAUUGCACAUAUACACAACAGUUUUUAUCCAUUCACCAGUUGAUGGACUUUUGGAUUGUUUCCACUUUUUGCCUACUAUGCCUACACUGCUAGAAACAUUCAUAUACAGAUUUUUGUGUGGCAAUCUUCUGUCUACAAAUAUGAAGGCUUCCUUUAUCUCCACACCACUAAGCUAACAAGUGUGCCUUUCAGAUAAAUCAAAGGGAACUUAUUCAGGAUUACUUUUCAGUUGGCAGAGGCAUUUCACAGAGGUCACUUUGUCCUCAUGAUGGUCCUCUAACACCAUAAUCCCAAGGCAUUUGCUACCAUACAAGAGUCUACCAUGGGAAAUCCGCUUCAUAACUAUAUUUUAAAGUCUUACUAAGUUCUGCUUAAAAGUUUUUCCUAAAGUUGAGAAUUUUAAAAGAGUAAAUAAAAACACAGAUGUCUCUUCCUUCAUAAGGCAACCAACAAAAGACACUCUUAAAAACACAGCAAAGGGACGCCUGGGUGGCUCAGUGGUUGAGUGUCUGCCCUCAGCUCAGGGUGUGAUCCUGGGGUCCUGGGAUCAAGUCCUACAUUGGGCUCCCGCAGGGAGCCUACUUCUCCCUCUGUCUAUAUCUCUGCUUCUCUCUGUGUGUCUCUCAUGAAUAAAUAAAAUUUUUUAAAAAACACAGCAAAGGUAUACACCUGAAACUAACAUAAUAUUAUGUGUCAACUAUACAAAAAAAAAGUAGUGAAGGAACAAAAGUUAAAAGAUCAUUUAAAAAUUCAUUCAACUCAAUAGCAAAAAAAAAAUCUGAUUUUAAAGUGAGCAGCAGACUUAAAUAGACAUUUUUCUAAAGACAUCCAAAUAGCCAACAGAUACAUAAAAAAGAUGCUUAGGGAUCCCUGGGUGGCGCAGCAGUUUGGCGCCUGCCUUUGGCCCAGGGCGCGAUCCUGGAGACCCGGGAUCGAAUCCCACGUCAGGCUCCCGGUGCAUGGAGCCUGCUUCUCCCUCUGCCUGUGUCUCUGCCUCUCUCUCUCUCUCUGUAUGACUAUCGUAAAUAAAUAAAAAAAAAUUUAAAAACAAAAAUAAAAAAAUAAAAAAGAUGCUUAACAUCACUAAUCAUUAGGGAAGUGCAAAUCAAAACCACAAUGAGAUAUUACCUCAUACCUGUUAGGAUGACUACUAUCAAAAAGACAAAAUAUAAGUGUUGGCAAGGAUGUAGAGAAAAGCAAGUCCUCAUGCACUAAUGGUGGAAAUGUAAAUUGGUGCAGCCAGUAUGAAAAACAGUAUGGAGGUUCCUCAAAAAAUUAAAAAUAGAACUACCAUAUGAUCCAGCAAUCCCACACCUGGGCACUUCCAUAGGAAGUGAAAUUAUUAUCUCAAAGGGAUAUCUGCACCCCGUAUUCUUUGCAACAUUACUCACAAGAGCCAAGACAUGGAAAUAGCCUAAGUGUUCAUUGACAGAUGAAUGAAUAAAUAAGAUGUGGAAUAUAAUGGAAUAUUAUUCACCAUUAAAAAGAAGGAAAUCCUGCCAUUUGCAACAUGGAUGGACCUUGAAAGCAUCAUGCCAAGUGAAAUAAGUCAGACAGAGAAAAACAAAAACUGUAAGAUCUCACUUAUAUGUGAAAUCUAAAAGAAAAAAAGCCAAUCUCAUAAAAACAGUGUAUAGAAUGGUGAUUGCCAGGGGCUAGGGAAUAAGGGAAGUGGGGAGAUGUUGGCCAUUGCUGAUGAGUACAAGUUUCCAAUUAGAGAUGAAUGAUUUCUGGGGAUCUAAUGUACAGGAUGAUGAUUUAAAUUAACAAUAAUAUACACUCGAAAAUUGCUAAGAAAGUAGAUAUUAAAUGUUAUUACAAAAAUUGUAAUUAUGUGAAGUGAUGGAUAUGUUAACUAACCUUAUUGUAAUCACUUUGCAAUAUAUAUGUAUAUCAAAUCAUCAUGUUGUACACCUUAAACUUACACAAUGUUAUACAUUGUAUCUCAAUAAAGGGGAAAAUUAGAUUA